CUAGUCCAAAGCCUACAGUUUGGACUCCUCUGAAAGGACUUCUGAGUCCACUGGUCUGUCAAAAAAAUCCUGGAAUAGAGAGGGACUGAAAGUAUAAAUGAUGCUUGCAAAAUAGAAUACGGGAGAAUUUGAAGUUCGAUCUGAAGCUUCAAACAUGGGAAUUGCAGCUCUUCUGUGCCUUGCAAUAGUGCUAUCUGCUUCCUCUGCAGCGAGGGCCUGGCUGCCUACAAAGCAUCCAAUAAUACGAGGUGUGAACCUGGGCGGUCUUUUCGUCGUCGAGCCAUGGAUGAUGAACGAUCGGUGGGCAUCUAUGGGAUGUGCAGGCCUCAAUGACGAAUGGCAGUGCGUAAAAUCUCUGGGCCAGAAGGCUGCAGACGCCGCUUUCAAGAGACACUGGAGCUCAUGGAUCACUAAGGCGGACAUCGACGAGAUUGUGAGUUACGGCCUCAACACGAUCCGAAUCCCUCUCGGAUUCUGGAUGAAAGAAGACCUCGUGCAAUCCGACGAGUAUUUCCCCAGAGGAGGAUUCAAGUACCUUGAGAGUGUGGUCAGAAUGGCCAAGAAGGCCGGACUCUACGUUAUCCUCGACCUCCAUGCCGGCCCUGGCGGUCAAUUUGCAAACCAGCAGUUCACAGGACACUCUGUAUCCACGCCCGGAUUUUUUACCUCAGCCAAUUAUGAAAGGGCCUGUCAGUUUCUGGAAUGGAUAGCGAAAAUCAAGCACACGAACCCAAAUUUCGCCACCGUGGGAACUCUGGAGGUCAUGAACGAGCCCAGAUCCGUGACUGACGAGCAGAGGGCCAGUCUGCGGAACGAGUUUUACCCGAACGCAUACAACCGCAUCCGGCAAGUGGAAGACGAUCUGAACAUCGCACAAGAGAAGAGACUCCAUAUUCAGAUGAUGGCCACCAGCUGGGGAGAAGGUGAUCCAGAUCUGAGCUGGGGUGGCCACAGCCCAUACUUGGCUCUCUACGACGACCACAAGUACUUGGUUUGGGAUACUGGCGUGCCUGCCACUCGUCGCGAUUACAUGUAUCAUUCCUGUUACAACAAUGUCGGUGCCGGCAGCAACAGCAACGACAAGCCUCUGCUGGUCGGAGAGUGGAGUCUGGGGGUGAGAGAUGGAACCAAUUCCGAAUUCAACCUCACCAGAUCAGACGCUGUAGAAUGGUACAAGGGCUGGUUUGCUGCUCAGCUCCAUGACUACGAGAUGCAGAAGGGCUGGGUGUUCUGGACUUGGAAAAUCGACCAGUUGGACGGUCAGAAUGACUUCAGGUGGGGUUAUCAGCGAGCUGUUAAAGCUGGCGUUAUCCCCACAAACCCUGCUAAAGCCAUAGCUAUGAAUAUAUGUGACAACUACAAGUAAGGGGAUCCCUUAAGAGAUUUUUAGUUUGCUCACGGAAGUUUUGUCCUGCGGGUGACACGAUUAAAAUUUUGCCAUACUUUAAAGCUAGGAUGGGUUCUAACCAGCCGAACAGUCAAUUAAAUGACGACUGAGGACUGGACUUUAAUCAAUAAAACAUUUAAUUGAUUGUAGACCACAUUUUUAACUAUUCCCCG